GAAACGUGUUUAUAAAGAUUUUUUUGACAACCACCAAAUUGACAAGUGAAUGAAAACAUCUGUUGAAUUUCGUAAAAAAAUAGCGAAAACAUCGUAAAUAGUCUAACAAAAUAAUAACAGCUAACAUAAAAAUCCUGAUGCGCAGUUUUCGUUUGAAAUAUUCGCGUAGAAAAUCGAAAAUAUCGUCGUACCUUUGUUGUAAAAGUUAGGUUAUAUGUUGUUAUGACUCAAGGUGAUUGUGUUCAAUGAUUUGGCCGUUUUUCAUGCCGUGCCUUUGAGUAGGUAGCCUUAUAUGGGUUAAAGCAAUUACUGCUUUUUGCCUCAGUCAGUUUGUGUUAAGAUUUUGCCAUGAGUGACCGCGAGGGACCUAGUGGCUCGGGCACCCAGGGAUCUGAUAAAGGAGAGAAUAAUACACGAACCUCGGCACAGCCGAUGCCCACCGCUGCUUCAAGUUACUAUGCCAGUGAACCUAUACAGUUUAGAGUUAGAGGUUCAACAAUUACUGGGGCCUCUCCGCCCAAGUUUGUGACCCUGGAAGACAUUAUGAAGGCUGCCCAUGGAAUGCAGAACAUGGCUUUGGCCCACGAAAUCGCUGUUGACCAGGACUUUAAGUUGGAACCUUUUGAACCACCAGAUAAUAGCUAUCAGAAAUUAGUAAAAGAGACAAUGCACAAGGCAUACUUUGAUAUACUGAGAGAGCAGCUCAACUCAGAGCCACCGGAGUAUAAGCAGGCACUUGUACUACUGGAAGAUGUUAAACAGGGUCUAUUCGCAAUCCUUCUCCCCCGGCACACAAGGAUCCGCGAAAUGAUAGAAGAGGUACUAGACUCAGACUUUAUCAGACAACAGGCUGAGAACAAUAGCCUGGACUUCCAUAAAUACGCUAGCUUUGUUAUCGAUCUCAUGGCAAAGUUGGCUGCGCCUGCCAGAGAUGAAAUUAUACAAAAUAUAACUACGCUCACUGAUACGGUGGAUGUUUUCCGAGCCAUACUAGAAACGCUAGAAAUCUUGAAGUUGGACCUCGCAAACACACUUAUCGCUAUGAUCAGACCUCACGUGCAACAGGAAAGCGUACAAUAUGAGAGAGCCAAGUUCGAUGAGUUGCUUAAAGUUUCUGAAGAUGGUCUUCAAUACACCAGAGAGUGGCUGAAGCGCCACAUAGACGUGGAAGGGUUAAGUCUUCCGGUCACUGACAAAAACAUCAUCAGAAAUGUGACCGCUCAGACUUUAGCUAAGGCUUACCUCGAAUUACUGGAGUGGGAUACUUCUAAGAAUUAUCCGGAGACAGUGUCCCUAGACGCGCCGCGGUUCGCGGAGCUGGGCACGCAGGUGUUCCGCGUGGGCUGCGGCGCCGCGCUGCUGCUGGCCAGCCCCGCCUGCGGCGACCACAGCACCGCCGCCGCCCACAAGCAGACCCUCAAAGACAAGAUCCUCAUCCUCAUCGACAACACUACCAAUGAUAUAGAACUGAAAUCAGUAUUGCCAUCGGUAGCCGAAGAAAUAAUUCUGGUGACAGAACAACUGUUAGAGAAGCUCAGUCAGUCCCCUCUGACAGCUGAAACUAAGGAGAUCAUCAGGACUCAGAUACUGUCGCUUGGUGACCCUGAACAUAGGGUCCGGGAGAUUGUUCGCCAACGAGUGCUUGAAUUUCUAAAAACAAUCCUAGUUUGCGGUGGGGGUUCCCGACAAAUUCCCGUUGGACUAUCGGCUUUAGCAAGAGAGCUGACUGCAGUGUCUGGCACGUUACUACGUUACGUCAUGCAUAAUAAGGCUGUGUUCACAUCACACUACAUGGAUAUUGUAGCUGAGGAGCUCAGUAGAAGCUAAGUUAUCCCUUUUUAGUUAAUAGUGUUAAUGGUCAAAAAUAUCGAUAUUUUUUUUUUGGUAUCCCCCUAGUUUUUUUUUCAGUGAAAGUAUGUGUUAACAAAAAUCUUUUUCGUGAUUUGUACACUGAAGUAAAUAAAUGAUUUAAUUGAUUACAAUUUCUAUGAUGAAUUUUAAAAAAAUAUAUAAAGAAACGAGAUUACUAUUCGAUAAUUUAAUUACAAGAAAAAAAAUUGUGAUGUGAAUUACUUUGAAGAUCAAUUUUGUACUCAUCUAUGAUAAUGCAUUUUAACCAACCAUUAACAUGCUUCCUAAUAUUUUUAUAAGAUUAUAGGAACAGUAUUUUGCUAUUUAAAAUUAACAAUAAUUGAACAUAAAACGUAACAAAAUGAUUAUAUUUCAGAUACUUCCUUAUACUUCUUGAUAAUAAUCUUUCAAAAUGAUCUUUUGUAUUUCCAAAAUAAAAUUGUAGCAUGUACUCUGAUUAUAUUCUCGAUGUAUGAAGCUGUAGAAAGACGUUUACGUAUUGGGUUUUAUGAUUAUACAGAAGUGAUGUGGCUUUGAUCGAUUGUAAAAUCUUAAUUUAAUUUAUUACCUCAGUACCCUACACAAGCUGUGUUUGCAACGAGUUUAUAGCUUAAUUUUAUAAGAAAAAAACUAUGCAAGCUUUUAACUUCAAAAAAAAAAGUGCGUGUGUGUUUUAUUUGUGAUAUGAACACAGUACCCAUAUUUUCAAGAACAAUUCACCAUUCCCAAAAUUUGAUGUUUAGUCAGAAAUUAUUGCAUCAUUAAUCGCUAAACAUCAUUAUUUCUCGGUUCUACUUCUCUAGACUUCUAAAGAGACUGAAUGAACCUUAGUUUAGAAUGUACUGUUGAAAUCAGAUUGUUAUAAUAAAAAAAAAUCAUGAUGACUGGUGUCCGCCUAAACCACAUAAUACAAUUAAAAUCAAAUUUAAAAAAAUGCAAAUUCUUUAAACAAUGAUUUUAACGAAUGAUCACCUAGUCAUUGUAAAGGUGCUUAAAAUAAAAUUUUAAAGUUUAAGACUUAUACAUAAUAAUAACUAGAACAAGUAGAAUUUGAGCCCACUGGUAAACAAUAUACAUACAUAUUUGGUACUAGCAGAUGCCAGAGGUUACGGCCGUGUCCGACGGGAACAUCUUCCCGUACUCGGAUAAAGCCUACCAAUAGCGCAGCUUUCUAUAGAUAAAACAGUUUUUGAAUUGACUUUGCUAUAGUUAUCGGCACGGAUAUUGAGUCCUGACCUUCACCUGCGCAGAAGCGAUUUAUUGGUUUAUUGCCUUAUAUGUAUAGUGCGCAAACCGAUCCCCACUCUUCCUCCGAGAGCCCAAUAUCCGUGCCGGUAACUAUACAUUUUAUUCUGGCGCUUAGUUCCUUCGGGACGCAGCUGGAAGUUAGAAAGGUAUUUCUUUUUCCUAGUUAUAUUUGACCGACAAUCGGACUAUAUAUGUAAGCAAUGUUAAUUACUACUGGGGUAGAUGAUCGAAUAUUGUGAAAAUAAAGUUGAAAUUUGAAAUGGGAUAUCCCAAAAUAAUUAUGUAUACAAAAUUGUAGUAUUUUUGAAUGCAAUUAAAUAUUAAGAUAGCAAAUUGUGUAUU